AUGGCAAAGUACAAGCUUGUAAUGUUAGCAGCUAUGGGCUUAGCUUCACUUUAUAUGAUGCAUUUAUUGGCCAUGGAUUAUAUGAAAAUACAAAAAAUUAUGUCUGUUGCACAAAGGUUAUCACCAGCAAUUGCAAGUGCUGCUCGUGCUUUAUUACGUGGAAAACGUGAUCUUUCUUCCUUUAGGAUAACUAAUAAUACAACAAUAUCAAAAUUUAAUACAAAUUUUGGUUUAUCUAAAGAGGAAGAAGAAGUUUUAGAUAAUUUUAAAGAUAAUUUAAAAUUUAAUUGGGAUGCAAUUUUAAAAAUGGAUUUUUUAAAAUGUUCACAAUCUUUAAUAUGUCAAAUAACAGCUGGAGCAGUAAAAAAUGAAACAAUUGCUGAAAAUAUUGGAAUGGUCAUAAAAUUUAAAAUGUGUUAUACAGAAUAUCCUUUAUGUGUUUAUUCAGCUAAUACAAUGAUAAAAAUUUUAAAAUGGUUUAUUAAUUUUAUGGGU